AUGAAAAAGUAUGUGCGUGCCGCUCACUACCCCCAGGUCUUCGGCAUAGAAGACGAUCGGUGCCGCAAGGUCCCGAAGGUGGGGUGGGAGCCCAUCACAUUCUGUGAGGAAGAAGAGGAAGGGAUCGUUUACCCCCACGAUGACCCAAUGAUCAUUCGGGCCGAGAUCGCCGACUACGAUGUAGGGUCGGGUGCUGAUUGA